UCUCUGAACUUGCUCCUGGACAAACCAGUUACAGGACCAACAGAUGAGCCACUCAUCAAGGUUUGUGACUUCGGGGUGGCGAAGUUCCAAGUUCAGGAUGGAGAUUGGGGCCAGAUGACAAAUCAGGCGGGGACAAAGCACUGGAUGGCUCCGGAAAUGUGGACUGGUUCCACCUACGAUGAGAAGGUGGACGUUUUCUCCUAUGCCAUGGUAAUCUAUGAGAUAAUUUGUCGCGAAGUUCCCUUCGAAGAGGAGGAGCCGACAGAUGUUGGAAAGUACACGGUGGCCGGGAUCCGUCCAGACAUGGAUGCUGUUCCUCCCGACUGUCCUACCGAGCUUCUGGAUGUCAUGAAGGCUUGCUGGGCGCACGAUCCUGCAGCUCGUCCCUCUUUCCCCGUGGUUCUUGAGAAGAUCGAGGCUGUCCGUGUCUGA